GUUCGAGAAUGGCCCAUGCCGCCUAUAAAUUGUAGUCUCAAAAUAGGAUGGUAAUCGUAUGCGCUUCAAACUCGAGUCUCAGCAGAGCAAAAUGUAUAUAACAAACUAACUAGUUGGCUUCGUCUCCCACACUUCGAGUCUGUGUCACUGUUUGACCUUAAUGGCAUACCCAGAAGAAGAACAUCCUCGGCUUCUUCUCCACAACUUCCUUUCUGUCCAGGAAUGCAAGGAACUGGAAUAUAUACACAAAAGCAAUUGCACUGUGGGUUACAGACCCAAUGUCUUCUCAACAACUCUUUCACAUCUCAUAGCCACCAACUGUGCCCAUCUCAUCAUGCCCUUCGUCCCCAUCAGAGAGAGGUUGAAGGAGAAGGUAGAGGAAUUCUUUGGCUGCGAGUAUGAACUCUUUGUUGAAUUCACCGGUUUGAUCAGCUGGAGUAGAGGAUCAACCAUUGGGUGGCAUAGUGAUGACAACAGGCCCUAUCUCAAACAGCGUGACUUUGCGGCGGUUUGUUAUUUGAACAAUUACGGGGAUGAUUUCAAAGGUGGACUUUUUCACUUCCAGGAUGGGGAUCUAACAACUAUUGUUCCAUCAAGUGGGGAUGUUGUGAUAUACACGGCUGACAGCCGCAACACUCAUUCUGUUGAUGAGAUUACUGAUGGGGAAAGACUCACAAUGGCAUUAUGGUUCAGUCGUGAUGCAGCCCAUGAUGAAGAUGCUAAACUUAUUUCGCUUCUCUCACAGACCCCGUUACGAGAUAAUGGUCCGGAACUAUGGCUACCUUUGCCAGCAUCGAGUAAUAUGUACUGGUUUUCACCAGAACAAGCUUCGUCCCAUGAUCAGUUGGGAUUUGAUAUAUGCUGUGCAAGGCUGCAUGUUCUUGGAUAUGAUGUAGUAUACUCUGAAGACAAGAUCUCCUGUUCAAAUAUUUCUGAGUUACAGAUGGAGAAGUUGCGAUUAGCAAGGGGAGAUGAGUUGUUUGACUAUGAGUUUGUCAACAUCUUGCAUGCACUUCAGGUAGUGCAAUUCUACCGUUGGAAAGCUUCUGAUCUGAAAUCUAGCAAAGUAGAAGAUAGCAAUAAGGUGGUACUCUUAUUGCAAUCACAGCGGGAGAAAUCUCUCUGCCUCAAGUCUUUAUUUCUGAAGGAUCCUCAUCUAGCAGAGUCUGUAUUUUCUGCUGAGAGUGCAAAACAUUCUAAUUGGGACCAUUUUACGGUUGCAGUUGCUAUGUGGGAAGAUUAUGCUCACAGGUUACAUAAAGAACUGGUAAUGUGCUUACCUCACUGGAAAACACAUCAAUCUAUAUUUCAUGUAUUUGAUGACAAGUAAUACAUUUAUACUGGAGAACUAAAUCCCCAAUUAUUCAGUAGUUUAUGAUAUCGCUUCCAGCUAGAUAUGAGUUAUACAACUCUUCCUUCAUACAUCAGAGCUUUUCUUCCAAGCAUUGGAAACCUAUGCGUGGCUGAGUUGACCUCUUUGGAUUUUCUCCAUUUGUGCAAAACAUUGCCAGAGACAUCAUAGAAUUGUAUAUCAGCGCGGGUUUUAGUCAUUUGUACUGACAUAAAACCUUGGCCGUCGUAAUACAGCUUCAAUUCUCUUGGAUCCCACCACUUUAUAUCACCUCUCCAUGCCUUGGAGCCACCUCCACUGGUAAAAAACUCAAUUUUACUGCAGUAACUACCAAACCCACGUCAAUUUUGUAUUUUACAGAAGAAUAUCUAGUUUGAUGUGGGAAUUAUGUGUACAGAUUUACCUGUCCGGAUCACUGAUGUGUUGCAAGCAAUGGUCAUGUCCGUUUAUAUAAAAAUCUAUUUUGUUUGCCUAAACACGCGUGAAAGAAAGAAAGCAAACAUUGAAAUAAUGAAAUUAGUAAGACCU